AUGGGCUGUUGCAAUGCCUCAUGUUGCCAGUUUUCUUCUAUGGCAGACUCCGAAGAGUCUGACUCCUCCUCGAGUACAGGAACGGGGCUCCUGAACAUCAAUGAAGCCACUGUUGAAGAUCUCAUGGCCUUGCCGGGUAUCGGAAGGAGAAAGGCGGAGAGCAUUGCAGGGGACCUUAGAUGCAGUCUUCUAGGCAGCUUCUUCUUGGCAAGCAAGGUUCAGCUGCAGGGCGGAGCGGUCUAA